UUUGCUUCCUCGCUUCCUUCACAAAUUUCUUCCUCACUUCCUUCCUUUCUUCCUUCCUUCCUUGCUUCAUUCCCUCCUUCCAUGCUUCCUCGCUUCCUUACUUGCUUCCUCGCUUUCUUCCUUGCUUCCUUCCUUCCUUGCUUCCAUCCUUCCUCGCUUCCUUCUUUCCUCAUUCCUUGCUUCCUCGCUUCUUUCGUUUUUUUUCUCGCGUCCUUCCUUUUUCGCUCCAUUCCUUUCUUGCUUCCUCGCUUCCAUCUUUCCUCCUUCCUUGCUUCCUCGCUUCCUUCUUUCCUUACUUCAUCGCUUCCUUCCUUACUCACUUCCCUCCUUCCUUCCUUGCUUCCUUCCUUCCUCACUUCCUCCUUUUCCCCUUCCUUGUUUCCUCGUUUCCUUCAUUCUUUCCUCGUGUCCUUCAUUUCUCGCUUCAUUUCUUCCUUGCUUUCUUCCCUCCUUGCUUCCUUGCAUUCUCGCCUUCUUCCUUCCUUCCUUACUUACUUCCUUGCUUUUUUCCUUCCUUUCCUUGCGUCUUUGCUUGCUUGCUUCCUUCCUUGCUUCCUCGUUUCCUUCCUUCUUUGCUUCCUGGCUUCCUUUCUUCCUCGCUUCCUUACUUCCUAGCUUCCCUGCUUAAUUCUUUACUCGCAUCGUUCCUUCCUUGCUCCCUCGGUUCCUUCCUUCCUUUCUUCCUCAGUUGCUUCCUUGCUUGCUUCCUCGCUUUCUUCCCUCCUCGCUUUCUCGUUUCCUUGCUUCCUUCCUUCCUUCCUUCCUUCAUUGCUUCUUUCCUUCCCUCCUUCCUUCCUUUUUCCUUCCUUGCUUUCUUAUAUUACUCCCACCUUCACUUCUUCAAUUUAUUUCCUCUAUUCCUUCUUUACUUGCUUGCUAACUCAAUGACUUACUUCGUUGCUUGUUUACAUCCUCACGUCCUUGCUUGCUUUCUUGAUUAUUUACAUUCUUUCAUAUGGCAGUGGAAAGACAAAUUUUGAUGAAAACCAGCAAACGAACAAACGAACGAGGAAAGAACGCACGGAUGGACAGAAGAACAGCCGAAAAAACAAUGAAUGAACAAACGGACGGAUAGGCGGCCAAAAGAACGCAUGAAGGAAAGAUAGAAGAAAACAAUUUACAAAAGACCGAACCCACGCACGCAAGAACGUAGUUACAAACGAACGCACGAAUGAACGCACGCACGAACGAACACACAAACGAACGCAAAAAGAACGAACAGACGAACGCACGCAUGAAUGGACGGUUG